CACUCACUUCCACCUUCCAUGGCUGCCGAGCUUCUGCUCGCCAUCUCCCUCUCCCUCCUCUUCUUCCCUUUCUCGUCCUCCUCCUUCAGCUCAAUCUUCAUCUCCUGCGGAUCAUCCUCCUCUGUCAACGUCGCCAACGAUAAUCCUCCCCGCACCUUCACUCCCGACGGCAAAUUCCUGAUAUCCUCUUCCAACUCCAAAACAAACUCCUUUUCUUCUUCCUCCGUCGCCCCGCUCUACUCCACCGCCCGCCUCUUCACCUCCGUUUCCUCUUACAGCUUCGACGUCGACGUUAACGCUUUCUACAUCCUCCGCCUCCACUUUUUCCCUUUCAACUCCACCUUCAAAGCCCGAUUCGAUGUCUCCGCUCUCAACCGCUACCUCCUUCUGUCCUCCUUCUCCCCUAGUACCCCUUCCAAACCAGACGUAAAGGAGUUCCUUUUAUGGGUCGAAAAAUCGCCUCUUCUCGUCACUUUCUCCCCUUCCCCAAAUAACCUCGCCUUCAUUAACGCCCUCGAGCUCAUAUCUUCCCCUCCCAAUCUCAUCAACGGAAGCAAACCUACUUACAUAACAGCUUCCGGUAGCUCUCAAGAAGAUAACUUUGCCCCCCAGGCGAUGGAGACUGUAUACCGCGUCAACGUCGGCGGCCCGCUCAUAACUCCGGCGAACGACACGCUCUGGAGGACAUGGGAGAGCGACGAUAAUCAGUUCUUAUUUAACAAAAACCUCUCCGUCGAAAAACGCACGACCGGUCAAAUCGAGUAUCCGACGGAGGAAGGCCUGACUGAUGUAAUUGCCCCUGAAAUGGUUUACAGUACGGCGCGGAAAAUGAACUUCGAGCCAGUCUCCGGCAUGGCAAACCCAAUCUUUAACAUCACGUGGAGCUUCAACGUGCCGCCGGGAUUCCAGUACUUUGUCCGGAUGCAUUUCUGCGAUUUUUGGAUUACAAGUCAGACCAAUUUCUAUUUCGAAGUCUACCUUGGGGAAUUCAUCGCGCAUAAGGAUUUGAAUCCCGGAAAUAUGACGAGCUGGCGGACUAUGAUUCCAUUCUAUUUUGAUUUCGUCGUCGACGCGCCAAGCUCUGGUCCUUUGAACGUUAGUAUAGGGCCGGCUGCCAAUAGUGUGCCGCCUGAUGCUUUUCUGAAUGGGUUAGAGAUAAUUAAGCUGAGUAAUUCGCAUCUCAGCCUCGCCGGUGAAUUCGGCAUAUAUGAUAGCGGAGCAGGAAGCCACGGCGGCCAUCAUUUCUUGUCUAUUUUACUCCCUUCCUUUCUUGGCGGUGUUGUCCUGCUUAUUUUCCUGCUUUUCGUCCUUCAAUUAUGCUUACGCCGCCGCCGAUCAAAACAAAAUCUGGUUGAGGAACAGAAGGACACGACGAAUGCAUCAUGGUUCCACUACAACGCAGGAGCAGGAGCAGCGAGCUUGGUUUUCAGAACGUCGAGCAAAUCCACAACUGAUCAAACACCUAAGAGCUCUGCUUCCCCGCGGCUUAAUCUCGGCCUCCAAAUAUCGUAUUCGGAAGUCAUCUUUGCGACGAACAAUUUCGAUGAGAAGCUCGUCAUCGGCGCCGGCGGGUUCGGGAAAGUGUACAAAGGAGUCCUCAGCGACGGCACAAAAGUCGCCGUGAAGCGCGGCGUGCCUGGUUCGCGACAGGGAUACCCUGAGUUCCAAACAGAGAUCGUCGUACUCUCCCGCAUCCGUCACCGGUACCUCGUCUCCCUCAUCGGCUACUGUGAGGAGCAUUCCGAGAUGAUUCUGGUCUACGAAUACAUGGAAAAAGGCACCCUAAACAGCUAUCUUUACGGCUCCAAUCUCCCUUGUUUGUCCUGGAAACAGAGAUUAGAGAUCUGUAUCUGUGCGGCGAAGGGCCUUCACUACCUCCACACCGGAUACUCUCAGAGCAUAAUCCACCGCGACGUGAAGUCCACCAACAUCCUCCUCGGGGAGAACUUCGAAGCAAAAGUCUCCGACUUUGGACUCUCCCGACUUGGUCCAUCCUACGGGGAAACUCACGUUAGCACCGGUCUGAAGGGAACAUUCGGCUAUUUCGACCCUGAGUACUUCAAAAUCCUGAAGCUCACCGAAAAAUCCGACGUUUAUUCAUUCGGCGUCGUCCUCUUCGAAGUUCUCUGCGCUCGGCCUGCCAUUUUCGACCACGUUAAUCUCGCCGAGUUUGCGCUGCAUUGGGUGAAAAAGGACCAGCUUGAAAAGAUUGUGGAUCAGCGAUUGGCCGGAAAGAUCAACGAGAACUCUCUGAGGAAGUUUAGUGAGACAGCGACCAAGUGUUUGGCCGAUUACGGCACGGAUAGACCGAGCAUUGGGGACGUGUUGUGGAAUUUGGAGUACGCGUUGCAGCUGCAGGUAUCGGGGCUGUUGAGGGAGCCGUUUGAAGAUAGUGGGAUUGUGGAUGAGUCGGAGGCUGCGUUUGUGGCGUCUGUUGGUAGGAUGCCGUCGGCGACAAAUGAAGGGGACGAGGAGGCGGAGGCCGAGGCGGAGGCGGCCUGGACUUAUGAGUCAGAGACGACGACGAGCAUGGUUUUUUCUCAGCUGGUGAAAGGGGAAGGGAGGUGAUUGGUUUCAUGUUGACCGGUAUUGUCAUGCUUUGUGCCCUUUUUAACGCUGAAAAGUCUGCGUGAUAUAUUCCUAAAGAGUGAAGUGUACUAUAUUGUAAUUGUAUUAAUGUAAUAAACUUUGAUCAAUUUUCUGAUCGCUAAUAUUAAUAUAAAUAAAAUAUAAUUCAUGGCAGUA